CUUUGGAAACUUCUGCCGGGGGUAAAAAGAGCUAGCAAAGAGCUGCAAAGCUGUUUGGGCUUUUUCCCUUUUUUUGUUUCUUUUCGUUAUCCCCCCCUCCUCGGUCUGCACCCUUCUCCGGGCUUCACGCAGAUCCUGCGGGUUCCGAAGAGGUGGUGGUAGAGUGGGAGACCAGAGGUGUUAGGGUCCAGGUUUGGUGAGGUUUGGGUUUUUGCUCGUUUUUUUUUUUUCCUCUCUCUUGAUUUCAACAUUUUCCCCCAUCUUCUUGGCAGCCGCCGACGCCUCUUACCUGUUCUGCGGCGCGGCGCAGCUGGCAGCGGAGGCUUGGUGAGAAGUGGGGGUGCGUUUUAGAUUUUAAGCAACAAGAAAAAAAAAUAAGCCAAAUCCAUUUUUUCUUCAUCACUCCCAUUUCCACAGCCUCCAAGCUCAUAUUUUCUGUUGCUUUGGGGUGAGCAAUUCUGUGCCACCCCCGCCCCUGUAAUUCUGACCUGAUCUCGCCUAGGGGUUUCCUCGGUCUCCGCUCACUCUGCGUGCACCUGGCGCGCCUCUUUUUUUUUCACCCCCAACCUGUUGCAAGUCUUUAAUCCUUGCAAUUGUGACUUGCGUGCAGGCACCUGAAUCCUCCUUGCCUCGUAUUUUGCAAGUGUUUGGGGGAGGGCACCUGCUCUACCUGCAAGAGAUUUGGAAAAAAAAAAAUCUCCAGGAGCCCUCUUGGCCCCUUUCUCUACGCACUCUCGCUCUCCUGCCCCGCCCCGAGGUAAAGCGAGACUCGGAGAAAAUGGUGCUCAGCGCGGUCCUCCUGCUGCUGGCCGCCUAUGCCGGCCCGGCUCAAGGCCUGGGCUCUUUCGUGCACUGUGAACCCUGCGACGAGAAAGCUCUGUCCAUGUGUCCCCCCAGUCCUCUGGGCUGCGAGCUGGUCAAGGAGCCCGGCUGCGGCUGCUGCAUGACUUGCGCCCUGGCAGAGGGGCAGUCGUGUGGCGUCUACACUGAACGCUGUGCCCAAGAUUUGCGCUGCCUCCCCCGGCAGGAUGAGGAGAAGCCGCUGCACGCCUUGCUGCAUGGCCGCGGGGUUUGCCUCAGCGAAAAGAGCUAUAGCGAGCAAACCAAGAUAGUGAGAGACUCUCGAGAGCAUGAGGAACCAACCACCUCCGAGAUGGCUGAAGAGACCUACUCCUCCAAGGUCUUCCGGCCCAAACACACUCGCAUAUCCGAGCUGAAGGCCGAGGCUGUGAAGAAGGACCGCAGGAAGAAGCUGACCCAGUCCAAGUUUGUGGGAGGCGCAGAGAACACUGCCCACUCCAGAGUCGUCCCUGCGCCUGAGAUGAGACAGGAAUCUGAGCAAGGGCCCUGCCGCAGACACAUGGAAGCUUCCCUGCAGGAGCUCAAAGCCAGUCCACGCAUGGUGCCCCGUGCUGUGUACCUGCCCAACUGUGACCGCAAAGGAUUCUACAAGAGAAAGCAGUGCAAGCCUUCCCGUGGCCGCAAACGUGGCAUCUGCUGGUGCGUGGACAAGUACGGGAUGAAGCUGCCGGGCAUGGAGUACGUGGAUGGGGACUUCCAGUGCCACUCCUUCGACAGCAGUAACGUUGAGUGACGCGUCCCCUCCCGUCCUCCCCCUUUCCUACCCCCCAGCCCCAGCUCCAGCCAGCGCCUCCCUCCACCCCAGGACGCCACUCAUUUCAUCUCAUUUAGGGGAAAUAUAUACUCAUAUAUAUUUGAGGAAACUGAGGACCUCGGAAUCUCUAGCAAGGGCUAAGGAGACACUCCACACACCAACUCCAAAAAUGUAUUUCUUUUUGAAACAAGUUGAUUGUCAGAGAAGGGAAGACGAGAAAAAAGCAGGAGGGAUCGAGAGUUGGAAAGAAUGCAUUGGUGUAGAAAAGAGCGAGUGACAGAUAGGGUUACAGAGAGAAAACGAGAAACAGUGAGAGAGAAAGGGCACUACAAUCAGGCUGGAUCUGCCCUUCACUUCCAGACCUACUCAGAAGAAGUCAGAGAGAGGCAGGGACACUCAAAAGUGUGGCAUUCAGUGACACCCAGGAUUGAUUGGUAUGAGGGAGAAAAGGAACAACAAAAUAUAUCAGUGCCUCUCUCUCGGGUCUAUGGCUUCCUCCAGCCAGCUAUGGGGAUGGGUAGACCCUGUCCCUCCUCUUCUCUUACCAGUGCAAGGUGGUUUCACCCCCAAAUUCAUAAGCACUGAAAUGCAUUCCAUCAAUCUGACAACAAAGGAAAUUGAGUGAUUGCCGACAGGUCUUUCCCCAAGCGGAUGAGUGAACUCAAUAUGUGUACAAAUUUUACUCUUGAUGGAGAUAUUUUUUUAGAAGUCAGUACCUGCCUCUGACACUGGAAAGACUUGAUUUCCCAGGGUGACAGCAAGCAUUCAGAAACUUGUGGCUUCAGCCCUUGACUUCACUAAACUCAAAGCUGGCCCAGCAGCCUCUGUGGAGGAGGAUGAUAGGCGGAGAAAACAAGGGGGCUUGUGCUUCCCUGCAAGGCUCCAUGUAGACAUAUAUAGGCAUAUAAAUCUAUUUUCUUUAUGUUUUUCUCCCUCUUCUUUUCUUUCAAAGUUUUGCAUUACCUCUUCAAAGUAGUUUCUUUAGGGCACUGGAGAUCUUCCUCAUUCUGGGAAAAUCCAUAUUCAACUAACACAAGCCAGAACUGUAGCUUUGCCUGCUUCUGGGUCCCCAUGAGCUACAAAUUUGGCUCUUUUAUGGGACACUGUGUCAGAUCUUCUCAUGAUUCCCAACCAGUGUUUAAAUGGAUCCACCAAGCUGGAGAGCUGCCGGCACCCAAUGGUGCAUCAAAUAUGCAUCCCGAGUCAUCCCGUCUCAACCUUGCCACCCUCAGGAAGUAACUGACAGGCACCAUGAUACAUAAAGCCACCAGAUCCCCCUUUCCCGCACUGGCCUGCCCAGGCCUUUCCUUCUACCUGCUCAGAACUAUAUUUUGAAAGCCCCCCUCAGAUGCCAGGCUGACAGAUCAGAAAGAAACUGACCUGAGAGGUGGCCGAGGAUGAGGCAAUGGGGUGGGGUUGGGGCGUCCACAGAGAGCUAGAAGAUGGAGCAGAGACUGGAGGAACAGGAAAGUGAUGGAAAGAGGGAACUACCAAUGGACUUUCUCUUGGCUUCUCCCGCCUAAUAAACCUUCCGGAAUUUGAGAUGAAAAUGGGGGAAGAGGGUUUGGGUUCUGAGGCAGAAGAGAACUCAGCUGAAUCACAGAGCCCAGACGGUGGGGAGUUGAGGCAGGCUCUAGACUUGAGAAGCACGGAUGGAGAUGAGGAUCAAUAGCCUGACUGAGACUUGAAGGGCAAAAGGAUGUGCCUCCAACACCACAACUUCAGGUCAACUUCAGCCCACAGGAAGGGACUGAGACUGAAGAAUCUUCUGAGCACCCCGUCGACUCUGCCCCGGCAACACAUCCUCUCUGAGGUGGAGGGUGGCAUAAAGCCGUCGGGCAUAGAUCUUCACUCAUGGCUGUUGUCAUUUGCCCGCCAGAUUGUGAUCCAAGAAAGAUUCCAUUGUCCGCUGACUUCUUAGGAUUGUCCUCGAAGACUGAAGACAGACUGCCAGGAGAGGGGACAAGGACAUUGGUACAGGAGGCCCCUAUUUUUGCUGUGGACACAACUCUUUGCUCUUUCUUGAUAGCAUGGCACAGCAGAGGCCCCCUCUAGUGCCGAACUUGGAGCAACAAAAAGGGGCAGCAAAGAAAUAAAACGACGUCGUCUCAUGGGAAACAGACGGCUACGGAGCUUGGGGUUGUCUCCUAUCGCCUGGACAGGACGGUUGGCUGGGAAUGGAAGAGGUAGUUGAUCUUCAUAAGACAAAGGGCCUGAUGGGGAUGGCAAUACAAGGACUUAUCAGACCUUCAGGGCCAGUGAACCCAUCUCCCCGCACAAUGUCCCCAGCCCCUAUUUCACACUUGAGUAUGUCCUAGGCCAGUAUCCUAACCCUUCUCCAUGAUGCUCUUCUUUCUGCCUUUAUUCUCCGGAUCUUGAGCAGUCAUAUGACUGGGACUUGCAAAGCAAAUACUGGGGUACCCCUGCCCCUAAGAAAAGACUGAGCCAGGAACUGCCUACUCACCUUCCCCUCCCUGAGAGGGGGGUGUUCUCUUCACCCCACUACUUGCUGGACCUUGUAUGAGCCUCUGCCCUUUCCAUGGGCUCUUCGCAGUGAGAAGCGGAUGGAGGACGAUGUACAGACACUUUGGCCUUCCCCAGUUCAGCCUUGCCAGUCUUGGGAGUCUCUAUACUGCUUAUAGGGAGAGCCAUGUGUACACAAUUAAUCACUCCCAGUGGAAGCUUGCCUUUAACAGACAGAUGGAACUAAACUUUCCAAAUGGGAGGACUGGCUGAACCCAGGAGAGAAAGAAAUGGGGCCACGGAGAGAGGAGCGUCGACCUUCUCCACACCACAGGGAGAGGAGAGAAGGCAGGCCUGCAAUAAUCCCACCAUGCCCUGAGAAAGAAGCUCCUUGGCUCCAGGCUAGCCCGUGGCUCCACUCAGAGCCUCUAAUUUGGGUUGUCCACAGUCACAGGUCUAAGUGUUGCCGUCUCUACCCCUGCUCUCCCUUGGAAGGCUUCUUCCCCUCUCUUUUGACAAAUGCCUCACUCAAGCAGCGAGAAAGAUAGCUCUCUUCCCCCAACUCCUGCCAGGUUAGGUGAAAGAGGCCUAGCCAAGAUCGACUCUCCACCCCAGACCAUCUUGCCCAUCCAGAACAAAGCAGGGAACCUGGGGAAGAGAAGACGCUAUGUUUCUCUGACAGCCAGGCCUAGACAGACAAGGCCUGGGAACAUCUACCCCACAGGAGGAGAGGAGACCUUCUGUGGUCACUCCUCCUCUCCCUCCAAGAUCCUCUUCCUCCCACCAUCUAUCUCCAUGGUAACACCCUUACCACCAAGCUCCUUAGAAGAUCAGGUUGCUAUGGCAACCUCCAAACCUCCUGCCCCUCCCAGGCAGGAAUAGCAGUCCUUCCGCUCACUUAGACCCCUAGAGGGCUUUGAUGGCUACCACAGCUUGAGAGGAGUGAGCCAAGGAGAAGAGACCCUUCUAGCCUUCUGGCUUUCAAGAGAAAGAUGGCAGGAGAAGAGAGCAAGGCUUUUAGCACCCGCAGCCUAGGGGGUUGAACUGUCUUUGUUUUCAAACCACUAAAGUGCAAGGAUUCUUGCACCGUUCCUACUCCGCCUCCUUUUCCCUUUUAGGUUUUUGUCUCUUUCAACAUACUUUCUUGGUUUUCUAAUGGAGUAUAGGCGUCAGCCACUUCCCAGACUCUGGCCUCCUCUUUUAAGUCUUUCUGAAUGGGGGAAAGAAGGGUGGAGGGUUGGAGGGGGAGGGGUCCCUAGCCGCCCUGCAUCCAUCCACCCCACUUCUCUGGUCCCUAGGCGCCAGCCUGGGCCCCAUCUCCAGCACCAUCACCGUCACACAGUAGUAGCCUGUCACCGGAUAGCACAGUUCAGACAAGACUCCUUCAGAUUCCGAGACGUCUACAGGUUGUUUUGGGGUUUUUUUUGUUUUCAUUUUUUUUUUUUACAACAGCAAUAACCACAGCACAUAUAGGUCUUUGUAGUAUUCUGUUCAGACACCAUAGCUCUGAUCUCUCUUCCUUUUUGUUUUCAACUUUAAAAAAAAAAUGCUUAUACUUUUUACUGGUGAAACGGAUGAAAAAAAAUAAUAAAGCAACAAACCAGUUUGUGACAAGCAGAACAUGGAGAGAAAUCCCCCAUGUGGGAGGGCUCGUCUCCUGUCUAGCGUAUUGUACUUAAGGAAAUAAAAAGAGAAAAACUCGGAAGAUCUCACAUUUUAUUGCGAAGUGAAGAUCGCUGUAUUCUAUUUAUUCAACUUAUAAUUUAUGUUACUCCUUGAUCUUUGUCUUUUGUCUUGACAAAGCAUUUAUUUAAUAAAGUUAUGCAU